AUGGUCUGCCGCUGGUUCCUCGCCAUGGCCGAAGCCGGCUUCGCCCCCGGCGUCCCCUACCUCCUAUCCUUCUUCUACCGCCGCCGCGAACUCGGCCUCCGCUGCGGCAUCUUCCUCUCCGCCGCCCCCCUCGCAACAACCUUCGCCGGCGCCCUCGCCUACGCCAUAACCAGCACCCCUUCCCCCCCUCUCCCGCCCUGGCGCCUCCUCUUCCUAAUCGAAGGCCUCCCCACCCUCAUCUUAGCCAUCAUCCUCUACUUCCACCUCCCUUCCUCCCCCACCACCGCCCCGGUCCUCACCCCAACCGAACUUUCCGUCGCCAAAGCCCGUUUAUCCCUCCACACCCCCCAGCAAGGUCAAACCCCCACCGGCUGGCGAAGCAUCUCCCCCCGCGAAAUCCUCUCCACCUUUGAAAGUCUGCAAACCCUCCUCCCCUCCCUAAUGUACUUCUCCCUCAACGUCUCCUUCUCCUCCUUACCUGUAUUCCUCCCCUCCAUCCUCUCCUCCAUGUCCCUUUCCCCAAACACCUCCACCGCACAGGGUCUCACCGCCCCGCCUUACCUCCUCUCCUUUCUCAUCUGCAUCCUGUCCACUUACCUCGCCGACAAAACCCAGCAACGCGGCCUGACAAUCAUUUGUCUUUCCCUCGUCGGCGGGGCGGGGUACGUGCUACUAGCAACCCUGCCAGAACACCUCGUUUCGGUCCGGUAUUUUUCUGUUUUCUUGGCUGCCGGGGGUGUCUUUCCUAGUAUAGCCAAUGUCCUUCCGUGGACAUUGAAUAACCAGGGGAGCGACACCAAACGGGGGGUGGGCAUCGCGGUGCUGAAUAUGGUCGGGCAGUGCGGGCCGCUGUUGGGGACGAGGCUGUUCCCCGAGGGGGACAGGCCUGGGUAUACAAAGGGGAUGGUGGUCUGUGCGGUGUUUAUGUUUGUUAAUGCCGGGCUGGCGGCGGGGUUGAGGUGGCAUUUUGCGAGGAAAAAUAAGAGGCUAGAGGAGAGGGAGAGGGCUCAGGUGGUGUUGAGGGUGGGGGAUGGAGGGAGGAGGGAGGAUGGGGAGAGGGAGGGGAUGGUUGGGUUUAGGUAUGUUUUGUGA